UCCUACACUCAAUAGAAUUAGAAAACCCCAUUGAGAAAAUCUUACUAUAUAGCUUUGAUUUAAAUCAAUCCCCUUUCACAAUUUGCUAAAAUCAACACAAGGGUUUAACCCUUUUUUUCAUUUGCCCGCCGGCAGCCUCAGAUCAGAGGCUUCUGCAAUUCGAAGGCUUUGGGGGUAAGGCUUUUGAGUUUCCAGCUUCUGGUCUUUUGGGUUUGUGAAAGAAAUCCGAGUGAAGAUCAUGAAGAAAGCUCAUCUUUCGCCAUUUUCAUCACACUCGUACAACUUUGGAAACAAUGAAGUUCAGAUGCCUUAUUUGGAUGUCCUUUUGCAGAUGGAAAGCAAAGGGAACGUGGAGGGAGAAGCAUUUUGUAUGGAACCCAAAAUCUUGAACAAUGACAACCAAAUAAGAGAUGGGGCCUUUGGUAUUCCUUACCAAUCCCAUUUCAACUCUAAUUUCUUGCCAGAUUAUCAGUAUGGCAGCUCCAAUUUUGACCACAAUUUCCAGCAACCAAUGUCACUUGGCAGCAAGCUAGCGAUUCCACAUUUUGAAUCGGGAAACACACACAACUUUCAAAAUGGAAGGAAACAUGAGAUUAACGAUGACCCGAUUAAUGGAGUGGAUGAGAGGAACAAGAAGAAGAGAAAGAAGUUAUCCUCCUUUGAACAACAACUAUCUCAUCAAACCAUUGAGGAAUUAGCAGAAAUCAAAGAUUUCAGGUUGGAUAUGCCUGUAAGGAGAAGCCAGAAGCUAAGUGACAAAAUCACAACUCUUCAAAAGUUGGUUUCCCCCUAUGGAAAAACAGAUACGGCUUCAGUUCUUCAAGAGGCUUCUAUUUAUAUCAAACUUCUCCAAGAACAAAUUCAGAUGCUGAGCAGUUCAUACAAGAGUCCCAGAGCUAUUCAUCCACAGCAGGAAAUUGGAAAGAAGCAGCAAGAUCUAAGAAGUAGAGGACUUUGCUUGGUUCCCAUCUCAUUUUCCCAGAGUGCGACGAAGGAAGAACAAUCAUCGCUGGAAAAUUCAAAUAAUAUGUGAAUGCAAAUUGCAAAAGCAUUGCCAUAGUUUUAUCCCAUUACAUAUACAUACUAUAUUUCCGAUUUUAAUUGCCGAAAUUUAUUGGGUGGAAAUGAAUAGUAGCAUUUGGCUUGA